AUGAUUGCGUUUGCAAUACGAAAGGGCGUGAGCUUGCGUGCCAUCGCACCAUGCAGAAUGUCAAUGCUGCAGGCUGUGCACGGAGUAAGGCGUGGCUAUGUGACUCCGUCUCGACCAUCUCCCGCUGAUCAUUUGGCCACUGUGUCAGGAGUAGAACGCGAUGGUCCCCUGUCAAACGACCAGCUUCUUGAGCGGGUUUUCGAUAAAAAAGAAGUUACUCGCUCGGCGAAUCGACCCAUCUAUAUGGAUGCGCAGUCUACUACGCCUGUGGACCCUCGUGUGCUGGACGCCAUGAUGCCCUACUAUGUCGAGCAAUAUGGCAACCCGCAUUCUCGAACACAUGCGUACGGAUGGGAGACAGAAUCAGCAACGAGUGAGGCUCGUAACCAUGUUGCUGAACUUAUUGGUGCUGAUUCGAAAGAAAUUAUCUUCACUUCGGGUGCGACGGAGAGCAACAACAUGAUUUUGAAGGGUGUGGCAAAUUUCUACCGUGCCAAAAAAAACCACAUUAUCACCACGCAAACAGAGCACAAAUGUGUGCUGGAUUCUUGUCGGUCACUGCAAGAGCAAGGUUUCGAAGUAACAUACCUGCCAGUUCAAUCAAAUGGUCAGAUUGACUUGGACACGCUUCGUAAGGAACUUCGCCCAACGACCAGUAUCGUUUCCAUUAUGACUGUCAACAAUGAAACAGGUGUCAUUCAGCCAAUCAAAGAAAUUGGCGACAUUCUUAAGACGGAAGGACAUGAGCUUUGCAAGCAACUGGGCAAGGGUGUACCCAAGCCCUUUUUUCACACAGAUGCCGCACAGGCUGUGGGCAAGAUUCCCAUCGAUGUCAAUGAAGCUGGCAUUGACUUAAUGAGUCUUUCUGCUCAUAAGAUAUAUGGUCCUAUGGGUAUAGGUGCGGCAUUUGUCCGUCGCCGCCCGCGUGUGCGCCUGGAACCACUAAUGAGUGGCGGUGGUCAAGAGCGUGGUCUUCGCAGCGGAACACUCGCCACGCCUCUUGUGGUUGGUUUCGGUGAGGCUGCACGCAUCGCAAAGAAAGAAAUGGCGUUUGACCAUGCCCAUGUGCUCGCGCUUUCGAAGCGUUUGCGUGAAAAUAUUCUGUCUCGUGUAGAGAUGGUACUUUUGAACGGUGACCCGGAUGGUUACCCGGGCUGUACGAAUCUCACAUUCCAGUAUAUCGAGGGCGAAUCGCUUUUGAUGGCUCUGAAAGACAUUUGCCUUUCGUCCGGCUCAGCAUGUACUUCGGCGUCUCUGGAGCCUUCGUAUGUACUGCGCGCUCUUGGAUUGGAUGAUGCGAAUGCUCAUUCCAGCCUGCGCUUUGGUAUCGGUCGCUUCACGACAGAACAAGAGAUUGACUUUGUGUGCGACAAGAUUGUGGCAGUUGUGCAGCGCCUGCGUGACUUGAGUCCUCUUUGGGAAAUGGUCCAGGAAGGUAUCGAUCUCAACUCGAUUCAAUGGUCUGGCUGA